CGGGAGGCCGGCGUACGGUGAGGGGUUUCUCGGCCUGGAUCGGGUGUCCCCCUCUCGCGUCGGACUCCGCCCCCAGACUCUUACCGCGCUGCCAGGUAGCUAAGAAAGGGCAAUGGGAGUUCAAGGACUUUGGAAACUGCUGGAGUGCACUGGAAGACCUAUAAACCCAGAAAUACUGGAAGGAAAAAUUCUUGCUGUUGAUAUCAGUAUUUGGUUGAACCAGGCAAUAAAGGGAGUCAGAGAUCGUCAUGGUAAUACUAUACAAAAUGCUCAUCUCCUCACUCUUUUUAAUCGACUCUGCAAGUUGCUGUUCUUUCGAAUUCGGCCUGUCUUUGUUUUUGAUGGGGAAGCACCACUUCUGAAGAGACAGACCUUGGCAAAGCGAAGACACAGAAAAGAAAUGGCCAUCAGUGAUUCCAGGAAAACUGCAGAGAAACUCUUGAAAACAUUUCUGAAGAGACAAGCUAUCAAAGCUGCUCUUACAGGCAAAAGCAAUGAAGUUUAUCCCAGUAUUACACAAGUUCGAAGAGAAGAAAUUGAUGAUAUUUAUGUAUUGCCCUCUUUACAGGAUGAAGAGAAAAACAGCUCAGAGGAGGAAGAAGAAAAAGAAUGGGAAAUAAGAAUGACUCAGAAAAAGCUACUGCAGGUAAAUACAUCCUAAUUCCCUUGUUGUUGU